AUGUCUCUCUCUCAAAUAUCGCUGGCAGCAGCCUAUCUAGCCUCAACAGUCGGGACCUACAAGGCCCUGACGCCCCCUAAUCCCAUACCCCAAGACAAAGCCGGCAGCGCCUCAAAGGACCCUCAAAUCCGAGACUCAAUCCACCUGCUAAACUUCACCAACAACCACAUAAACAAGGUCGUCAUCUUGCCCCUGGCCUUGCUCUCCCUGCACGCCGCAGCCCUCGCGUACACAUACCCCAGCAUCCCUCCCUCCAUAGCCGGUUACAGCCCCGAGAACGGCCUAAACGUGUCCCUCAUCACCUGGUCCGCGUCGACUGCCGUCCCGCUGGCGCUGCUCUUCUUCGUCGGCGUCCCCCUCCGUCUGGUCCCCUACCGGUCCCUCGGCAAGAACUUCACCUUCGCCCUGACGAAGCCCGACGGGUUGAAGACGACGGGGAUAUACAGCUACGUGCAGCAUCCGAGUUACACCGGCGUCAUGGUCCUCGUGUUUUGCAACCUGGCGUUGUAUGCGAGGAUGGACGGCGUGCUCAGCUGCUGGGCGCCGCCCGCACUGUACCAGACUUUGGAGAGCGUCGAGUGGGCUUCGCUUGCGCUUGGCGGCUGCAUGUUUUUUGCCGGCGUCUGGACGAGGGUUACUGAGGAGGAGAAGAUGUUGAGGGGUGAGUUUGGGCAGAAGUGGGAACGGUGGCAUGCUGAAACGGCGAGGUUUGUUCCGGGUAUUUUUUGA